AUGUCACCUUCGGAUGAAGCCGGGUUACCGUGGGUGGCUCCGCAGUCGAUCCCGAGUGUUGGAGGGGAAGUACAAGUAGGAACCGAUCCUGACCUCACAAGAGCAAUCACGGCACCACGAAAGCCACCACACAUUGGGGGUGACAUCUACUCAGGUCCUGACUCUACUGUACAUGAGCGGGAGUUCCCGGAUAUCCCAGAAGAUGAUGUUGAUGUGAUGGUGGAUGGGGUCUUCGAGCAUGUGGCUGGGAAUGUGCCUGAUGGACUCGAGGAAGUUGAUGGUGGCCUACAAGCGGGACGGACUUGUGCUGAGGAAGCUGAGUCCGACACCCUUGAUGACAUCACCAUGCUCCCUUCCUCUAGCCUCAGCUUGGAUCUUGGCUGUGGAAUGCAAGCAAGGUGGGCACGCAAUUUGGAGGAGGAGAUGAAGAUUUUUCACUUCUAA